AGAGUAUUUGGGCUCAGCGCAGUCACUAGCACAGUCACAGAAGUGCCUGCACCGCUUUGCAUACUUUCCAAGAGCUAUGGUCUGACAUCCACCUGGCCCCGUUGCACCGCUGCUGUGAUGCUAUGCGCCAAGCACGGGAUGCCUUGUUGUCCGCGCGGCAGCUCUGCGUGGCACGCUUGACUGUGAGGACAAGAUACCCAGGCGCCCCACUGUCGGCGAUUGCCAUGCCCUCGCUGGGCGCACGACGCUGGAUUUGCGGCAGCACCGCAGAGCGGCUCGGAGGGUCAUCAACCCGUCAGUUCGGUACCUUGACGGCCCAGGAGGCCCGGACAGACGUCUCGCGGCAAGCCGGGCCGUACAUACGUGUGCGCUUGGCUUUGGAGCGGCAUGGCGAUUGGCUCAUCACUUGCGCGAACUUGUUCCAAUUGAGUGGAUUUGCUUGUUCAGACGCCUUGCACUUGCAAGCCUUAAUGAUUGUUGGAAACGGGUCAAUGGCUCUGUUCUUUUUGACUCGCAUGCCAACAAUGGGUGUUCCGUGCGGGUGGGCAAUGUUGAAAGUCUGCGUGAACAUUUUCAUGGUGUACAAGAUCUUGCAGGAUAGGCAGCCUAUUAAGUUGACACCUGAGGAACACGAUGUGUAUGAGGAGCACUUCAUGCACUAUGGCGUCACGGCAAGGCAGUUCAAGAGGUUCUGGGACCUUGGCGAGUUGCGGACGCUGCAGGAAGAAGAUGUGCUGACCAGCGAAGGCCAGCCCGUGGAAUAUGUCUUCCUUGUACUUUCUGGCCAUGUGUGGCGAUGUUUGGAUGGUAAGCAUAUCUCAGCCCUGGACAGUUUCCCAGGUGCUCGCCACACGCACGAGGGCGAUGCUGGAGCUUGGGUGGGCGAGAUCACAGUGUUGCAGCUCAUUGACUCUGUCUCUCAGCGCGCAUCGGCGUAUCGAGAUCAGGACCACACCAAAGACAAUAGUGAAAAGGAGCGGGUACAGCGGCUGCAACGAACGCUUGCUGGCCUUGGCUUUUAUGACGGUGAAGUCGAUGGUUUAGCAGGCAAGCGGACUUCGCACGCGUUGCAUAAACUAGAAGAGAAGAGUGGCUUGGAGUUGGAUGGCGUGCAUGGGCCGAAAACGCAGCAGGCCCGCGCGCAGUUCGACCAAACUCUUUGGGACCCGACCAAAGCCCGGUGGACCGCCGUGGCGUCGGAGGGCUCCAUGGUUAGAUUUUGGCGAAUGGAUCCGCUGUUGAAGCUCUGCAGGUCGAACUCCGAGAUGCGCGGCGUCUUGCGGAAGGUUUUCUCUCAGUCUGCAAUAAAGAAGACGCUCGUCAUGCACAAACUUGUGCCAGACGAGCCAGAAAGGCUGCAUGGCGACAGGCCCGGUGCUGGCAAAGAAGCUCUGCGGCGUUACGAGGCGGCUCUGCGGGGCGCACUCGGAGGCAGGACCACGGCCUUGCCAGAGGACAAGCUGGCCCUAGCGCAGUUUCGGCGCCAGCAGGGCAUCAACGACGCGCAGCAUGCUUGGGCGCUGAAGGUCGCCAUCGGCUGGACGCCGCAGGAAUACGAGCUCGGGGCACCGCUGGCCAACGUGGGGGACCCAGGCACCUCCCGUGCCGCCCAGUUGCUUCAGGAGGGCCUUGCUGCAGAGAGUGACUCUUCAGAGGAGUGCACAGGGCCAGUGGCGACAUAGCUCCAAGACCGAAUUGGACGCUCUGUGCGUGUGUGAUUGCCCGCAUUUCGAAGCAAAGUUGUUGUCGUCGUCGUCGUCGUCGC